UAUCCUCCCGGAUGUUUGCGAUCUGCCAUGACUCGAUUACUCUUGGAACCUCAUCGAACAUCUAUGUGUUCCACUGGUUGCUAUAUAAUGCCAUGAGUUAUUCCUAAGCUCGACAGUUACUCGUAACUACAUAAUCAUUCCAACCCACCAGUGAAUCACAGUUCUUAUUGUGGUUCUCACAUCGACUCCUACCUCACGUUAAACCCUCUGAAAACAUCAACUAUGGCUGGAAAAUACGGCGAGAAAGAUGCCCCCAUAAGCACCUACAAGACCAAAAAAUUCUGGCUGUACGCCUGUGCAUUUGCGCUUUUGUUCGGAUUGACCGGCGCUGAACUCGGUCUGGUAUCUGAUCUCCUCCACGAAGGUGGCAACUCAGAAACCAAUUACCCAUCUGCGGAAUUCAAGCAUGAUUUGGGUAUUUUACUCUUCACAAGUAUUGCAUCUCUAUUGUACAUUAUUGGGCACGCAUUCAUCAGCAUGGGCUUGAACAUCUUUGUCAACUUUGUCCUCGCUGUCUUCUGGGGAACCGGUGCUGGUGUUCUUUUCCAUGUUUCGCCGUUUGAAUCGUUCACCUGCGAUAAACCAAGCUCUUCAUUCAGCCCGAAUUGGGCUGUAUAUUCUGACCAUUGUGCACGUGUCGUUGCAAUGCAAGGGAUUGCUUGGGCAUUGUGGGGUCUGUCGAUUAUCCUAAUGUUCGGGAUGUUGUUCCACCUGGUAGAAUUCAAAGCCAGGAAGAACGUCUCAAUGUACAAAGUAUAACGUGCCUCUUCAAUUCUGAACACCAUUCCGCAAAUCUCCACUCCUCCUACUGGUUCAACGCGUUAUGAUCCCCAUGUUUUUAAUGUUAAUGCUUCUAAUGUCACUUCCCCCAAUGACAUCUUAAAUCUAUGUAGUGUACUGUAA